AUUGGCGGCUUCCUGUUUGGCUUCGACACCGGCGUCAUCAGCGGGGCCCUGCCAUACAUACGCGACGACCUGCUGCAGCGGUACGCUGGCGACCCGGCGGCGCUGGCGCACUGGCAGGAGCUGAUCGUGUCGGCCGCCAUUGUGGGCGCCGGCGUCGGCUCGGUGGCGGGCGGCUGGCUGGCGGACCGGGUGGGGCGCAAGGCGGCGCUGCUGCUGGCCGACGUGCUGUUCACCGCGGGGGCGCUGGCCAUGGCGGCAGCCCAGGACCACUGCGUUUUGGAGCGGCGGCGCGCGCUGGUGGGGCUGGGCGUGGGCCUGGCGUCUGUGACGGUGCCCAUCUUCAUCGCGGAGUGCUCGCCCCCCGCGCGCCGCGCCAGCCUGGUCACCGUCAACGUCCUGCUCAUCACCCUGGGCCAGUUUGUGGCGUAUGUGGCAGGCAGGUGGCGGCAGCACUAUGCCUUCAGCUUUGUGCCCGGCACGUGGCGCUGGAUGCUGGGGGUGGCGGCGCUGCCCUCGCUGCUGCAGCUGGGCGGCCUGCUGCUGCUGCCGGAGAGCCCCAGGUGGCUGGAGCGGCGGGGCAGGACGGCGGCGGCGCAGCGCGCGGCGCGCAGGCUGGGUGUCAGCCUCUCGCCGCCAGCUGCGCGCCCGCACCUGAGCGGCGGCGCCGGCCCUCCGCGGGGCACCCCCUGGCGCCUGCUGCGCUCCCGGGCCGUGCUGCGGGAGCUGCAAGUGGGGGUGGGGCUCCAGGUGCUGCAGCAGCUCUGCGGCAUCAAUACCGUCAUGUACUACACGCCCUCCAUCCUGCAGCUGGCGGGCCUCUCCAACCAGGCCGCCCUGCUGCUGUCCAUGGCCCCCGCCGCCACCAAUGCGCUGGGCACCGUUGUGGGCAUGCGCUGCAUCGACCGCUUCGGCCGCCGCCGCCUGCUGCUAUCCAGCAUCGCAGCGGUAGUGCUGGCGCUGGCCGCCCUGGGUGGCGCCUUCCUGGCGGCGGAGCGCCACUCGCCGCGGCUCUUCCUGCACGGCUGCCCCAGCCGCUACACCUGGCUCAUCCUGGCCUGCCUGGUCGCCUACCUGGCGGCAUUCAGCCCCGGGCUGGGCCCCGUGCCGUGGGCCGUGAACGCAGAGAUCUAUCCGCUGGCGGUCAGGGGCGUGGCCACGGGCCUGGCAGCCACCGCCAACUGGGUCAGCAACGCGCUGGUGGCCCAGACCUUCCUCACCCUCACGCAGCUGCUGGGCGGCUCGGGCGCUUUCUUCCUGUACGCCGCCAUCGCCUGCGCCGGCUUCCUGUGGGCGCACGCUGUGCUGCCAGAGACCAACGGACUCACCUUGGACCAGGUGCAGCAGCUGUUCGGCGGCGAAGGCGGCGGCGGCGGGGCAGGAGGAGGAGGCGGCGGCGGGUCG